AUGCUCAUACGUCUUUCCAUACUGAGGCGCUUCAGCUGAGGAAGAGGAGGAGGAGGAGCAGAGCACCGCGGUGUCAGUGUCGGGUUCUGGCUGUCAGGUUCUGGCUUAUUCCUUGGCGCACGGACGGGUAUCGCUGUUUGGACACAUUUCGGUCCGGUUCCGUGGAUUCUUCGCCUGCCGGUUCCGCAGCUGCUGCUGAUCCAGGCUGGCCGCUUAAAGACGCACUGAUUCCUUUCAGACUGCCAGCUACCAGCUGUUAUUUACAGGCUGAACCGAACCCAGGUUUUUGCACGAGCGGCUGUGAGCGCCUUUGUUCUGGGAAUAUCUCUGGAUCCCGCGUCCUGCUGAUGAAGGUGGAGGAUCCAGGUGAACCGGGCCUGUUCUGAACCACACAUUAGAACUUCAAUGGUUCUGUAAGGGGAGCGGAACCAGGAACAUGUGGGUCAUUCCUGAAGAUGUGCUGCUGGCCGGAGCGCUGUGGGUCACCGAGAGGGCGAACCCGUUCUUCAUCCUGCAGAGACGGAAGGGCCACGGAGGAGGAGGAGGUGGAGGAGGAGGAGGAGGGGGAGGGCUGGCCGGUUUGCUGGUGGGAACUUUGGAUGUGGUUCUGGACUCCAGUGCUCGUAUGGCCCCAUUCCGGAUCCUCUACCAGACUCCUGAUUCUUUGGUGUACUGGAUCAUCGCUCAUGGAACCUCUCGUAAAGAGAUCACGGAGCACUGGGAGUGGCUAGAACACAACCUGCUGCAGACACUGUCUAUAUUCGAGAACGAGAACGACAUCACCACCUUUGUCAAGGGGAAGGUGCAGGGUAUCAUCGCCGAGUACAACAAGAACCAUGACGUCAAGGAGGACGACGACACUGACAAGUUUAAGGAGGCGAGCUCCAAGUUUCGGAAACUGUUUGUGAUGCCAGAGGAGGAGAAGCUGGUCAAUUAUUACUCCUGCAGCUACUGGAAGGGGAAGGUUCCUCGGCAGGGAUGGCUCUACCUUAGCAUCAACCACCUCUGCUUCUACUCAUACUUACUGGGAAAAGAAGCCAAGCUAGUGGUUCGCUGGGCUGACAUCACGCAGCUGGAGAAGAGUGCCACCCUCCUCCUCCCUGAUGUCAUCAAGGUGAGCACGCGCACCAAUGAGCACGUGUUCUCCGUCUUCCUAAACAUCAAUGAGACCUUCAAGCUGGCAGAGCAACUGGCCAACAUUGCCAUGCGGCGGCUGCUGGACAACAAAGGCUUCGAGCUGGACCGAUCUCUGCCCAAGCUAAAGAAGAAGUCACCCAAGAAGGUUUCAGCUCUGAAGAGGGAUCUGGAUGCAAGAGCAAAGAGCGAGCGCUACCGGGCUCUCUUUCGUCUGCCCAAAGAUGAAAAGUUGGAUGGACACACAGACUGCACGCUGUGGACUCCCUUCAACAAGAUGCACAUCCUGGGCCAGAUGUUUGUGUCCACCAACUACAUCUGCUUCACUAGCAAGGAGGAGACACUAUGCAGCCUCAUUAUCCCGCUGCGGGAGGUGACCAUUGUGGAGAAGGCAGACAGCUCAAACGUGCUGCCCAGUCCGCUCUCCAUCAGCACCAAGAAUCGCAUGACUUUCCUGUUUGCCAACCUGAAGGACAGAGACUUCCUGGUGCAGAGGAUCUCCGACUUCCUGCAGCAAACCACCUCCAAGAUUUACCUGGAGAGGGAGCUGAACAGCUCGGAUGACGAGGUUUCCUCCCAUCACGGCUCCCUGCUCUCCUGCAGCCCUCAGCAGAGUCUGGCUUCAGAGGUGGAGCGCACCUUCAACCUGAACCACAGCAGCGUUCCCACGGCCUCAGAAGCCCUGAUGACCAUGUACCGCCGCCGCUCCCCAGAGGAGUUUAAUCCCAAACUAGCGAAGGAGUUCUUGAAGGAGCAGGCGUGGAAGAACCACUUCACGGAGUACGGAGAGGGGGUGUGCAUGUACCGCACGGAGAAGACAAAGGAGCUGGUCCUCAAAGGCAUCCCAGAGAGCAUGAGAGGAGAGCUGUGGCUGCUUUUUUCAGGAGCCAUCAACGAGAUGGCAACCCACCCUGGAUACUACGAAGACCUGGUGGAGAAGUCCAUGGGGAAGUACAACCUGGCCACAGAGGAGAUUGAGCGGGAUCUGCACCGUUCGCUGCCGGAGCAUCCGGCCUUCCAGAACGAGAUGGGCAUUGCCGCGCUGCGAAGGGUCCUAACAGCCUACGCCUUCAGGAAUCCCAACAUUGGAUACUGUCAGGCCAUGAACAUCGUGACGUCAGUGCUGCUGCUUUAUGCUAAAGAAGAAGAAGCUUUCUGGCUCCUGGUUGCUCUCUGUGAGCGGAUGCUGCCUGACUACUACAACACCAGGGUCGUAGGGGCCCUUGUUGAUCAGGGGGUGUUCGAGGAGCUCGCCCGCGAGUACGUCCCCCAGCUUUACGACUGCAUGCAGGACCUGGGGGUUAUAUCCACAAUCUCGCUCUCCUGGUUCCUCACCCUCUUCCUCUCCGUCAUGCCGUUUGAGAGUGCCGUGGUGGUGGUGGACUGCUUCUUCUAUGACGGCAUCAAGGUCAUCUUUCAACUGGCGUUGUCUGUGCUGCACGCUAACAUCCAUCAGCUGCUGGGCUGCAAGGAUGACGGAGAAGCCAUGACUGUUCUGGGCAGGUACCUGGACAGUGUGACUAAUAAGGACAGCACCCUGCCUCCCAUUCCCCACCUCCACUCUCUGCUCACCGAUAACGGAGAACCACACCCCGAGGUGGACAUUUUCAGGCUGGUCCGCAGCUCCUACGAGAAGUUUGGGUUCAUCCGGGCCGACGUGAUCGAACAGAUGCGUUUCAAGCAGAGGCUGAGGGUCAUUCAGACCAUUGAAGACACCACCAAACGUAACGUGGUUCGGACCAUAGUAACAGAGACGGCUUUUAGCAUCGACGAGCUGGAGGAGCUUUAUGUGCUUUUCAAGGCAGAGCACCUGACCAGCUACUAUUGGGGUAGCAGCAAUAACCCCACUGAGCGCCACGACCCGAGCCUACCGUACCUGGAGCAGUACCGGAUCAACGUGGAACAGUUUAAAGGCCUGUUCAGCCUGCUGUUCCCCUGGUCCAACGGAAACCACUCCGACCCGCUUGCCGCUCGUUUCUUUCGCCUCCUUGACCAGAACGGAGAUGCUCUCAUCAACUUCCGGGACUUCAUCAAUGGCCUGGGUGUUCUAUGUCAUGGGGAUCUGACGGAGAAGCUGAAGCUCCUCUACAAGAUGCACGUGUUACCUGAAAUCCUCCAUGAGCAGGAAGAGCCAGACUCGGCCUUUGAAGCCACACAGUACUUCUUUGAAGACAUCACCCCAGAAACAUCCAUCAGUCGACAUUCAAAGGGCAGAGGCGAAAAGGAUGAUGGCUUUGUCAGAGUUACAUUCAAGACUGAAAAAGUGAAGAAACUGAGUACUCCUGAUUACCGUCACUACCUGAAGCUGUGGAACGAGGAGACCAAACCUAAACAAGAAAGUACGAAGGACCUCCCAAAGCUGAACCAGAGUCAGUUCAUUGAGCUCUGUAAGACCCUCUACAGCAUGUUUAGCGAGGACAUUGCUGAGCAGGAGCUCUACCACGCCACUGCCACCGUCACCAGUCUGUUGCUGGAAAUGGGAGAAGUGGGGAAGCUCCUUUCCUCAUGCAGCAAGAAGGAUGCCAUGCAGGAGGGAAAGUCCCACUCCAGCUCCAGAGACUUACUGGAUCUUAAAACCACCGAGGAUGCUUUGGAUUUGGGAGACAUUUUUAUCCCAGCAGGUCUGGAGGACAAAUCCAGCUCCCGUGAAGAGGACAAAGUGCAUGAUGCUAGUGAGGACCUUCCACCAAUGCAGGACAUCAAGCUAGAAGACUCGUCCCUUAAGGAGGCGGGAACAUCAUCGGCCAUGCUCAUCUCUGACGAUGACACCAAGGACGACACGUCGAUGUCCUCAUACUCUGUUCUGAGCGCCGGCUCCCACGAGCUGGACGAGAAGCUGCAGUGCGAGGACAUCGCUGAAGACACGGUUCUGGUGCGCAGCGACAACCGGCCUGAACGGAGCAGCCAUCUUGGCGACCGGAGGCUGCACCACAGCACCAGCAUCGACAAAGACUGGGCCAUCACCUUUGAGCAGUUUCUGGCCUCCGUCCUCACUGAGCAGGCUCUGGUGCAGUACUUUGAGCAGCCAGUGGACGUGGCGUCUCGAAUCACAAAUGCCAAGAAUGUGCAGAAGGUGGGGCGCCCCCGGCUGUCCACCAGUGACUAUGAGAUCUCUCUGUCCGGCUGAAGUGGUUCUGAAGGGAUUCAGUCAACCUCUAUAGGCUUGUGGAGGAAAUUGUACACGUGUUUAUUUUAAAGAAUGUGAUCUAAACUGCUUCUAAUAAUGUAUUUUACCAGAACCUGAAAGCCUGUUAUAUAAAUCACUAGAUUUUGUCCGUAAAGAGAAAACUGGACCCCCCCUUUGUGGUUUACUGGGAUGAAACCAGUGUGUAAAGUAGUUACAGUCCCUUUAUACUAAUCCAAUACCUGUGUACUACUGGGCUGUGUAGAUGUGAAUGUCCACACAUAUAGUGUCAUUUCUAAAAAGUCUGACACCACCUCUGCUUUGCUUCCAAGCAGCUAGAUCUUCUGUCACUGAUUUUCCAGAAAGUUCUGCUCCUUGGAAUCUAAAGAAAUGAGGAAUGGCUCCAAACUUUUGCACAGUUCUCCACAUUAGGGUUUAAAAUUAAAUUUGUAUGAUGGUCACAUCUGGUCAAACUGUUGCUUUCUUUAGUAGCAGUUCUGAUUGCUGCUAUUGCUUUACAAAGCUUAAGUCUGAUGGUUUUUAUUCCUGUCUGGCUGUGUGAACAUACUGUAAUGCAUUCCGUCACUUUAGUAGAUGAUUUAUUUACUUGAGUUCAUGUUGACAGAAAACCAAACUGCACAACUACAAGAACAAUAUUAUGUUCAACUGCUGAAAGGUUUUAGUUAAUCAGAGCGAAGAAUUUCUGUCAGUAUUAUUACACUAAAAUAUGCUGAAGUGCCGAACCUCCCUGAUUCACUGGAUGCGGCGACCCACCUCUGUUUGCCCUUUUUAUUUAUGCUUUUUUUUUUCUGUUUAUCCAUGAUGUUUUUUUUAUUUUUACUCUUGAGUUUUUUUACAUGAGUUUUUAAGUUUUUUUUUACUGUUGAUAUGUUGUGUUUAUUUAACCAGAUGCUUCUGCUCUGGAUUAUGGUGCCUGUGUAUCACUCAUCUAAUUAAAAUCUGUGUCAUUGAUCCACA